AUGUCGGAACCUGACCUACGAAGCGAUAUCCCAAUAGCUGAAUCUACCAUCGUAGGAGUAAUAUGUUCAGACACCUUCAAUUUUGGUGAACACAAGGGUCCGAUUUUCCCCCCAGAAAUCUCGGACAUGUUCAUCGACGCAUUGGGGGAGGAUUAUGACCACGCCACACUCGCCGCGUGCUCCCUGACAUGUCACGCGUGGGUACAUCGGAGUCGGUUCCACAUACAUUCCUCCGUCAGAAUCGACAGCUCUAGCAAUUUCUCGAGACUCAAGGAACUGUACUCGCCAGAACGGGGACUCGCCAACUACGUCAGGAGUCUGAGCAUUGAUGCCUGCGAUAUGCAGGGCGAUGGUUUGCCCGCUCCUCAUCCAUGGAUCGCCGACAAUAUCGCACUCUUGAAGCACUUCACCAAGGUGAAGCGGCUUGCAUUGGAUGGACUUAGCUGGAAUGAUUUAACGGACGAGACAAAAACUACCAUUCUCACGAACUACCCAAUGGUCGAUGAUCUGUGGACGUCAACCUGCGAUUUUAGACACCCUAGGCAUCUAGUCACCCUCUUGCAGGCAUUUCCUAACAUCAAGAGCAUUCGCAUGGAGGCAUUAAUAACGGACACAGUGGAAUGGGAGUUGAUGGGAGACAAUACCGGAUCCAAGUUGCAUUUGCAGUGGCUGGACGUCGGAGACGUAUGCACCAUGCCCAGCGUUGUAACAAAGUGGGCUAGCAGUUAUGGAAAUCUUUCCAUCGAGAAUAUUCAUAUCUCCUGGAGCCAUGAGGAUCCCAAAGAUUUGAGCUGUCUACUUGGAUGUGCCGGUGCAUCCGUCAAGACACUUUCUCUUACCUUGGACAGUUGUAUCACAAGUCACCUAGUCGGUUCAGGCUCCGUGCGCAACCACAUCAACCUCAGCCAAAAUACUGGAAUCCACUCACUGAAAUUAUAUCUCCGCCUCGAAUCAUGCGACAUCCCAAACUUGUCUUGGAUUUCGGAUACCCUCAAGUCUGUUACAUCGAGACAUCUCAGUCACAUCGCAAUUUACAUGGCGGUUCUGCGAGUAGACCACUUGAUUCAUAUCGAAUGGGACACUAUAGACACUGCGCUCUCUAACAAACUGUUGGAAGGACUGACGGAUGUCACAUUGUGUAUAUUGCGGCCUCGCAAGCCUCAUGAAAGCGACGAGACGUCAGCGUUUCCUAGGGACUGGAUGGCGGAGAAGCUUCCCAAGCUCAUGGGCCGCCGCACAGUCACGACGGUAUUCGAAGAACAAGAUACAUGA